UAUUAUCUUAAGAUAAAGUUUAAAUUUUCUUCUCUAAAUUUUAUAUAUUUCUACAUGUCCAUAUUUAUGGAUUUCUUUCUUCUUUUAGGUGUUUAUAAGUUGUACAGCGAUCAUUUGUGAAAACUGAGAGAUGAGUUGUAAGAAUAAUUAACUUUUAGAUAGUAAUUUUUACUAAUAUUGCAAAUGAGAAAAAAAAGUUGGAUUUUUUAUAAUUUCAAGUUUUUAUAUGUGUUAUUUCUUGUUUAUCAUAUUCACAAUCGCUUUUGCUAUUUACUACAUUUUGUACACAUACACGCACACACACACAAUCAUUUUUAUUAUUAUACAAUAAUGCAUAUAAUAAAUCUUAUUUUUUACUCAAAUGACGAUAUUAGUAUCUAUAAUGUAUGUCUCUUGAAGUGUGUGUGUGUGUGCCGCUUUUAUCACGUGUGCCAUGAUGGGCCACGUGAUAGCGCAAGGUCGAGGGUCGAGAUCGAGAAUACAGUUCAUGACGCGCUGGGUCAAACGCAUAAGCAAAUAUCAAAUGGUUUGAAAUAUAUUGGAAAUAUCAAAAAAAAAAAAGAAUAAAGACAAUAGUGCGAAUUAAACCGUGGAUACUUUGUCCCAAUGUGAACGGAGAUGUAAUAAACAACAAAGAGGAGGAACCGUAUAAUAUAAAAAUGACAGAUACUUUGCAUUUGGAUAUCUUGCCGUACGAAGUGUUGCUAAUGAUCUUUGAUUAUUGCGAUGCUUUCGAUCUGGUGCGACUCAGCGAGGUGUGCAAGCGAUUUUACGAGAUCGUACGCUCGGAUGCGGUCUGGAUCAAAAAGAGCAGAGGAUUGCUUGUCACGAAUCAAACGUCAGAAAGAUUUCGUAGAAGAUGCAAUCCAAUAUUAUUAUCUCCACGCAAUAUGUGGCUCAUAUCUUACAAUUGGCGAUAUGGAAGAUAUGACAAUAAAACUUUAAUAUUGAAUAAAGUGAAAGUGAUGCCAUGGCUGCAAAUGACGAACGACACUCUCUGGUGGAGUGGUGGUAAUCACCUUUAUGGUGUUAAGCACAGUUCAAAACAUUUUAAAGAAAAAGUCAACAUAGAAAUAAACUAUAGUAAUCGCUUUUAUAAUAACAUAUAUGUAGCAGAUAUCUGCAAAUUUGUCCUUUGUGGAAAUUUUAUUAUAAGUGGUCAUAGCAACGGUGAUAUACAGUAUUGGCUAGAUAAAUCACACAAAGGCUAUCCUCGUGCUGUAAAGCUGUUGAGACAUGUUCAUUCUUGCGAUAUUAAUGGCAUAGAUGCAACAUCGCAAAAUAUUAUAUCAGGUUCGGUUGAUGGUAUGAUAAAGAUACAAAAAAAUGUAGAUAUUGAAGAAAGCAAUUUCGACAAAAAUGAGAUCAGCAUAGGUUUCAUGGAUAAAAUAGAUAGGGUGCAGUCACUUAUGAUUGAUCCUACAGGGACGCAAUUCGCUGUCGGUUCGUCUGGAACCACCAACAUUCCACCACUUAAUUUAAUCAAUAUUGAAACACUUAUACGUUAUACGAUGUUCGAUAAAAUACGGUAUCCAUGGAAACACGGUGCUGGAAUAUUAGACAUGGUGUGGGAUAAUCCGCAAACUUUACUCACCUGUGGCUAUGACACAUUUGUCCGAAAAUGGGAUUUGAGAACCGAGAAAUGCGUUAGUUCAUGGGCAGAUCCAAAUGAUGCAGCAUUAUAUUGUAUUUCAUCCGAUUAUCAAUACAGUAUAAUUACAGGAGCACAGCAUGGUUGUGCAGCUGUUUUAUGGGAUCAAAGGAUGUGUAAUUUUGUUCAGUUAUAUUAUGUAAAUUCGCGCACAGUACAUCUAAGCAGCCCGAUUUAUUCUCUACGAUUCGAUAGUAGUCAUCUGUAUUGUGCUCUGGACCGACGUUUAGCCAAAUUAAGUUUCUCAGGCCAGUCGUGCCAGAGGUAUAAUUACAAACAAUUUUAUUAAUUAAUUUGUAACUGUUUGAUUACAUAUUUCUUGCUAUUCGAGAUAUAGAAAAAAUAAAAGAUGAAAUUAUCUUUCUCUCUAUCUCUCUAGGAAUUAAAUUGUGUAUUAUAUAGUUCGUAAAAAAUUAUAUAAAAAAUGGAAGUAAUAUCAUUUCUGAUAUAAAGUUCUGUGAUGAUACAUUUUGUAUUUUCGUAAUAUAUAUAUGUAAUAAAAAAAUGGAAAGCAA